GGAUUAGGGGCAAUUUGGGGAGUUUUCAGCUCAUGCUCCCCUUCCCAAAGCGGACAAAACGGGAGUAGGGCUAGGGGGCGUGGCUUCGUCAGACCACGCCCCUUAGUGGUGAUUUGUGGUUGGACAACGGGCGUGGCUAGGGGCGUGGCUUGCCCCAACCCCCGCCCUCUGAUUGGUUGCGGCGCACCCUUGGGGCGCCGCCAUGCGGGACGAAGAGGAGACACCGCCGCCACCGCUGCUGAGCCGCGCCGAGGCCUUGGCCCUGUCGAGCGGCCCCGGGAACCGGAACCGCCCCGGGAAACGGAGCAAGGCCGCGGGGCCGCGGUGGCGGCACGCCUGCCACGUCCUCCUGUACGCCCCGCUGCCCGCCGGCAGUCCGGAGCCUCCUUUCGCCAUUCUGAUGCAGCUCCGUUUCGACGGACUGUUCGGUUUCCCGGGGGGGUUGGUGGACCCCCGGAAGGAAUCGCUGGAAGACGGACUGCUGCGGGAGCUGCGGGAGGAGCUGGGCCCGGCGGCGGGGAAGCUGCAUCUGCGGCCGUGUCACCACCGCGGAGCCAGGGCCUGGCCCGGAAGCGGAAGUAGGGAGAAGAGCGGAAGCGGACGUGACGUAGGGCUGGUGACGCAUUUCUACAUCCGGCGGCUGCGGCUGGAGGAGUUGGUGGAGAUCGAGAGGGGGGAAAAAGCGGCGCCGGAGCACGGCCUGGAGAUGGCAGCGGACAAAACGUCGCCCGACAUCGAGGUGAGGACGAAGCAGCGCUGCGUCAUCGAGUUCCUCCACGCGGAAAAAAUCGCCCCCAUCGACAUCCACCGCCGCUUGCUCAACGUCUACGGGGACCAAACCGUGGACGUCAGCACCGUCAGGCGCUGGGUCGGGCGUUUCAGCAGCGGAGACAGCGACGUGAAGGACAAACCGCGCUCCGGCCGGCCCUGCACCGCCGUGACCCCGCGCAACGAGCGGCGUUUGGAGCAGCUGAUCCGCCAGAACCCUUGGAUCACCACCCGCGAGCUGAGGGCCGAGCUCAAGAUCGGUUUCAACGCCCUGGAGACCAUGGUGGCCACCUCGGAUUACCGCAACGUCUGCGGGAUGUGGGUGCCGCGGGUGUUCGCCAACCCCCUGCACGCGUGUCGGGACGUGUGGACGCGGUGCGAGGGGGAAGGGGACAGUUUCUUGGGGCGCAUCAUCACCGUGGACGCGCCCUCCAACAGCGAGAGCCACUCGGAUGGCGAGGGGCCCCCCCCCAAGUGGAGCAGGAAAGGGGCGGAGGCGUAGAGCCACCCCCAAA